GGUACCUUUGGAUGGUACUAAAAGUUUUCCCCGAAUCGAAUCAAUGAGAUUUUCCCCUUAAAUCAAACGUGGAUUGCUGUGUAUUUAAAUCAUUGUCGUGUAUAGUUUAUAAGCUUUUUAUUAUUAUUACGUCCCCUCAUCAACCGUGCCCACGAGUAUGUAGUUUAUUUUCGUGGCAGUAGUGGGGUAACCUACUUUUGCUCUCUUCAGUCUGUUACACACCUCUCCAUCUAUAGUUUCCGGAAUUCUCGUCGCAAUUUGCAGUUAAGUCACUGCACAAAUAUGCUAUAUUUUCUCUCUUCAAUGGUGAAAUAAAGUCUCGAAUCCAUUAUAUCCUCAAUCAUUCCACAAUGGAGACGGAGCCAACGGUGGCUGAGCUGAAGCAGGAGAUCGACCGCUUGCACAAUGAGCUUGAUCAAGCUGUCAGCGAGAAGAUUCAGUCAGCAAAGUAUGGAUUGGGACUCCUUGAAGAGAAACAGUGCCUUUUGCUGAAGUGCGAGGAAUUGGAGACCUCCUACGAAAAUGCUAAGCAUGAUCUGGAGAUAACACAGCAGGCAUUAGCAAAGUUCCAGACAAAUCACAGAGUCACUACAAUAUCAGGCAUCGAACAAGAGGAAUCUUUGCUCUCCGAAUCAGCUGCCAGAGAAACGUCCUUAAACUCGACUAUCAUUGACUUGGAAAAUGAGCAAAGACAGCUUCGUAUGGAACUUGAACGAGUUCAAGAAGAGAGGGAUCGAAUUAUUCAAGAUAAUAAUGAUAUCAAUAAAGAAAAAGACAAACUGGAGGCUGAAAGGAAAGAACUACGCGCAAAACUACGGGAUUUCAAAUUCAGGGAGACUAGGUUAAAUACAGAGUAUUCAGAACUUGAAGAAGAGAAUAUCACGCUUCAAAAGCAAGUCUCUCUUCUGAAAUCAUCUCAGGUGGAAUUUGAAGGGGCAAAGCAUGAAAAUCGCCGCCUGCAAGAAGAUGUGUUAGUCCUUCAGAAUCAAGUCGAAGAUUUGAUAAAAAUAAAGGCUAUCAUUGAGAAGAAGUUGGAGGAAGCCUUGGAAUCUUUGCAGAUGGAGAGGGAGGCAAAAUUUGCAAUGAAAAAAGAACUGGAUCACAGACUUAACAAUGAGUCAAUCUUCAACUUGAACAAUUUAGCUUUCAGCUUGAGAGGCAUGACUGAAGACCAUCCAAUGGGCAGUGAUGAAGAAGAUGAGCUGCCUUCUUUACAGACAAUUGAAGCUGACUUAAAAAUGGACCUGGCCUCCCCAGACAACAAACAAGUUGACCUUUUCAGCGAAAUUCAUUUGAAUGAAAUCAAGAAACUGGAGAAACAACUAGAGCUGGUGGAAACUGAAAAAACAUCAUUAGUUCAAAAGUUCAAGGAAGCACAGGCAUCCUCAGACCAUAAUCACAAACUAUUAGAAAACAUUGUCGCCAGGAUAACAAAACUAGAUGCAUACAUCAGUUCUCUUGACAGCCUCACAAAGAAGGCUCAAGAGAAAAUCAACAGUGCUAAAGAGGAUUCUGAACAAAAAUUGGAUCCUGUGAUACUGCAAAAUGUUCAAUGGUUCAUUCUCGUUGAACAAGAGGCUGCCAAAAUUCAGGUAGACUUAGAUGAGCUGAUCAAAAACCUUGACAAUCCAGACACUAACUUCCAACUGAAAACGGAAAUAACGGAGCUAAAGAACAAGGUUUUAGCAGCUCAGCAAAAAUCUUUGGAAUUGGAAUCAAAUGUUCACUAUUUCACAUCUCAAGUUGAAAGUAUUUUCAGUACAGCUCAGAAUAGUUUUCUAUCAGUCACUGAUGACCUGGCUCAAUUGUAUCACCAUUUGUGUGCUGUAAAUGGUGAAACUCCAUCUUUGGUCAUCUUAGACCAUGAAAAACAUGGAGAGGGUAGCGAAAAUAUUUCUGAUGAGGUGAAACAAGAAACAAGCACUGUUGGCUCCCAGGUCAAAUCGGAAGCCAUAAUCCAAGACCUCCAGAAAAUAUCAGAAGUCUCGAGUAUUAUAAAACACUCUGAAACCAUUUUGGACCAAGUAAAGCAUAUACGAACUGCAAUAUCAACCACUAUUGAUAACACCAAGAACAAACCCAGGAACGCUCCAUUUGAAGCUGCAUCUCAUCAAAACAAUGAAGAAGUGAAUGAACUCACUGAACAAAUCAUAAGACUGAAGUCGUUGUUAUCGACAAAACGUGAACAAAUAGCAACUUUGCGAACAGUGUUGAAAUCAAAUAAGAAAACAGCCGAAGAUGCUCUGAACAACCUAAAAUCUAAGUAUGAUACGGAAAAAUCUGUUGUCUCUGAAACUAUGAUGAAAAUGCGAAACGAACUUAGAGUGUUGAAAGAGGAACAAGCAACUUUUUCAAGUCUAAGGGCAAUGUUUGCCGCCCGUUGCGAAGAAUAUGCAACGCAAGUGGAUGAACUCAAACACCAGUUAGCAGCAGCUGAAGAGGAGAAGAAAACUCUGAAUCAACUAUUGAGACUGGCAGUCCAACAAAAGAUACACCUUAAUCAGCGACUAGAGGAUUUUGAACUGGACCGCGAGAUUAGGAAUGCCCGCCGGCCACCAGCCAACAAACAGAGACCUCGGCGUGACUAUUUAUAGCAUAUGGUUGUGAGGUUUCGCUCCAGGUCGCUGUCUUCAUUCCGGAAACAGGAUCAGUCCACUAGCCGUAGUUGUACUCCAGACAAUUAACUGUCAGCAAGGUUUUUCACUCUAAAAAUUAAGAUAUUAAAAAUUAUAAAGCCAAUCGUUACUUAGUGCAAAAGCACUGAACGUACUUUAAAAUUAGAGUUGGGCAAGGCUUUUUUAAACAUAAGAUUCUGGGAGAAAGGGUUCUUUGAAACUUACAAGGGGGUUCUGAGUCAUAUGUAUGUCCAUUGCUUUACAGCAUUCUCUGGCGCUCUAUCAUCCCUAACUGCCGCUGUUCCCUAUUAAACCAUAACCUUUCGGGAACCGUAAACUUUAGCAUUUCAAAUUCCGUCUCUAUACCCUCUGCAGCCCUCCCGGGAAGGACUCUGUCCAGGACAUAUUUUGGCAAAGUGUUCUUUGCCAAGCUCAAAGUUUUUCCUCCUAAAAUUUCCCACAGUUGUCAGGAAAUCUCUACAUCUGUCAAGUUUAUCUUUGCAGUUGUACAUAAAGCCAUAAAAUAUGAGUGUAUAUAAGAUUUUUUACUCCUCACUGGUUGUGGCCAAGUUUUAAAUUAGAUAACUACUUUUACUAGUCUCAGCAUGUCUCAAAACCCGAAGGUCCAGAAUGAACUUCUGGUUUUUUUUUUUUUAGAAUAAAGUUACUCUGAGCAACCUGGAGCUCUAAAAGUUGUAACUUUUGUGUAUAAUCUGGGUUAAUAAGUCAGUUCUUGCUUUUAUCAAGUAAUUUUAAGGUAACGAUUUUUAAUAACAUAGCAAAUUUGUUGGUACUUAUUUGAUUUUUUAUUCAGUUUUUGCAUUUAAAUCUUAGUGAUUUAGCAAUUAAAUUACUCGCGUCUGACUUUCUGAAGUCAUUCUAAUUGCAAAUUCUGUUGUGAUCACUAGCAUCAGCUAGAAAGAUCUCAGCUUUAAUUCCUGUCAAAAAAUUAAGCUGACCAGAAACAGAGGAAAGAAAAAAAAAAUGACAGACAUGUUUUACGCCCCUUGGGUUCAUUUAGACCCCUUUUUUAGCAAGUUGACUACAACUCAAAUAUUUUCCAAGUAAAUGUGAAAGGAUGCAUCCUCCCUUCUCCUGCUUAGAGAACUUGGUCCAUCUGAGUUAUUUUUCUUUUUUUUAAUCAUAAUGAAUCUGGAUAAUGUCUGAAAGAAAUACCCAGCUUGCAGUUUUACUCUGUUGCGAGGAUCAUCAACUCUGUAAGUAUUAAUCGUAGUGCAAUUAUGUUUUUACCUCCUAAAAAUAGACUUUUUAUCCGUGUUAUUAAUUUUAUUUAUUGAUUUAUUUGUGUAUUUAUACGUGCAUGCUACUUUGUUUGAAGGGUCCAGGAUAUAACUUUUGAUUAUCCUUAAUGCAACAUUUUUCUUUGAAACACUAAAGCUGAUGAAGUGGGCACAAAGAACCUCAAGUUUAAGAAAAAAACCAACAAAACAAUAAGAGAUUUUGGAAUCACCAAAUUUCAGAUUUCUUUCACCAGGUGUAAGUCUUUAGUUCCGUCACUUUGCUCCAGCAAAAAAUGUUCAAAAAAAGUAUGUGGCUCUUGUUGUGUCUUUUGGACUCUGCACUCCAGAAAUAAAUAGAAAUUUGACUCCCCCCCC